UCAGCUGUGGCCGUUUUCUACUGUGCCGAGAAAAAUUAAAAUUUGCCUAACAAAUUCUUGUUGGUUUUCUUUAAGCCGAAACACGGCUAGCCAACUAUAUUCACGCUGCAGCUUAACCUAUAUAGACGACAGAUUCUACAAAGGAACUUGAAAAACAAGCCCGAAAUAGGGUAAAACCUGGGCUGUGGACAACCGACCGCACCGUCGGCAACAUUUUUUUUGUAAACAAAUAAUUUGCGGAGGAAAAACACUCGUCUAGCAAUCAACAAAUGCCGUUCAGCUGAGUAAAUCGCUAAGAAAUCGCAACGAUGGACAAUAAGAAGGAUAUUUACAACCUUUGGGUGCAGUACACAACAAAGAACGAUGAGACCCAUUUCCGGCAGUUUGUGGCCCGCUUUGUGGCUAUUUGGAGGAGCCAACUGCAGCUGGACUUCCAGGCAGAGAACUGCCCCAUGUGGAACGAGGUUCAGCCGGAUAGUGGUCCCCAUUUGGGUCGCCUGCCGGAUGAACUGCUGCCCGCCAUCGGCAAGUUCAUCAUUGUGGCCAGAGAUGCCUGCGAAACGGAAGGAAAACUAGAGGAGGAAGACAUAGAACAGGUGGCUAUCCUCGUCGACUGCCUGGUGAUCGUGUGCCGGCACUUCGACAACAUUCUGGCCGUCAUUAAGUACGAGUACAAGCCUAAUCUGAUCGCCAUACUCUCAAGAGUAUUCAAGCAGCAAAUGGAGCUACCUCAAGCCGUGCCCGCUAUAAGCCAUCUGUUUAGCAGCUUCUCGGCUUUUUUGGAGGUCAUGUAUGAUCCGUAUUUGACGUGGCGGAGCUUUGUGCGGGGCCAUUCAGCAGACUACACUCGACUCUCCUAUAAGCCCCACUCGGUUCAUGUGGAAAUCGUUCCAUUUAUUUAUGAUUGCUUUCAGGAGGAGAAGCUAAUCCGAUACGCGGAAAUGGGCGAGAGCCUGCUGAACAUCCUCGGCGCUGUGAUUUGCGGCUCGCAGCUGCAACUGAAAGUGCAGAAGUCUCUAAACUCGACCUCGACUUUGACAAAUAGAAAUACUAACGCUCUAACCACUUCUUCACUUGCCCCCUGCUCGGGUGAUGGGCUGCUAGACUGUGAUAACUUGCGCAAUGGCAUGAAGGCCAUUUGCCCCGCCACGGUAUCCAUCACCAUGAGUAUUCUGCGGCAGUGGGAAAGUGCCAAUAAGCUGCGCCGCGUGGCCCUUCAAUGUUAUGCCCUGAUGGUCAUAGUGCUACAAAAAUCUAGUCCGGAAGAACGCCAAAUAGACCUAGUUACAUUAGUUCAACUUUAUUGUGAUGCUCUCCAAGAGCUGCUGGCCACCAAACACUUUGACAGCGGGGAUGCCAACUUUGAUAUAGCCAGCGAUGCAGACCAGGAUGUGGCUAUCGACAUGGCUGCUCUCUCCUCUACGGUUGCGGCUGUGAAAUUCUUUGUGGCUGGCGAUGCCGCUGUUAGUGAGGCAAUAGCUGAUUCCAACCUACUGGAACUGCUCACCAGUCUGCCAAAGCUUAUAAAGCCCUGGAACAUCACCCACUCGAGUUCUCUAUGCAGCACAAUGGAGGCUUUGGCUACCUUGACACGCCACUCCCCCCAAUCUGCAUCCCAGUUGCGUCAGGGUGAUCGCAUCGAGAGGAUUUUUUCCAGCCUCCAGGAGUUUGGGAACCCAACAGUGGCUCUGUUGGAUACUUGCUUCAUGCUGGGAUACGAUGAAAAUGGGCACUUGUUGCUGCUUCCAGAGGUUAUGCUGCAAUUGCUCAAUUGGGUGCCAACGCUCCAGGAAAGAGAACAGCUGCAUGUGACAAACCUAGUGCUUAAGGGCUGCACCGACCAUUAUGGAACAAAAUCUGUAGCAUGCGGCAGUCAUAUCAUCAAGGCUGUAUGUGGCUGCCUACUAAAAGCGGAGUCUCUGGCGGAAAACUGCGUUCAGAAUCUCAUCAAGCUGAUAGAGGAACUUAGCAAACUCAGUAUUGUGCCCGCGGAGCUAAAGUGCAUCUUUAUGUUGUUGCGUCAGGGAACGAAGUUCCCACAGAGCAAGCAGCUUCAGCAGACUCUGGUGGUGAUUGCCCUGCAAAGUUUAAGAGGCAGCAACUCCUGCGCGCAGUACUUUUCAAUCGAGCAGCCGACUGAUGGAAUUCUUGUGCCGGACAUCCGGAACUGGACCAUCUCCGGCUCAUAUGGCUUUAUUUUCCACAUCCUGGUACGCUUUAAUCAGCUGAAGGAGCAGUCCAGUAGUCGACGUAUGCUGCUUACCCUGCAAACAGUCAGUGGCAGUGGAUUCGAAGUUUUUGUUCAGCCCAACGGAAAUGUUGUGGUGGCAGCUCUAACCCGGAGGGAAUAUCUUACAUCCUCCACAGCCACGAAGACGCUGAUGGAUGGCCAAUGGCAUUACUUAACGGUGGCGAUAACACCACCAAAGCGACCCUUUUCAUAUAGUCAAAUCAACAUCUAUGUCGAUUUUGUUCAGAAACUAAGUGCCACACUGAAAGUUCAGGCGGUUAAUGAACCCUUUAUACACUGUUCUAUUGGAGCUGUAGUGGCGCCACCACAACCAGGAGAAGUGGCCAGGACUGGGAUAAUGCCCAGGUCCUCAUCCCAGGAGAGCGGAUCCAGUGGCUACCGGGGAAUGUUACCAAGCUUAUUGGAACGAACCCUCUCCGCAAAUGUAUCCAAUUAUUUCACCCUGCCUAUGCGCACGCAGACGGCUUUCGAUCCUAAUGUGAAGAACUUUCCCAUCGGAAUGCAGGAUACUGUGUUUGGAGAGCAAACUUGUCUGCACGGACAUCUGGGCGGAGUACUGCUAGCAGAUCCCACAACCAGUCUGAAGACCAUAUUCGAUGCGGGCUCCAAUUUCAGUUCCAUCUUCUCCCAAGACAAUGACCUACUGGAACUUAACUCUCGCUUUGUGUUUUGCUAUGCCCCUGGAGCAGUGUGGCAUGGAAUGUGCCAGGAUCUUAUUCCAGGCGGAAAAUAUCCGGGAAGGAUUAAUGCUCAACACUGCAAGAUCGUAAAGAUCCAGGAGACAAUCAACAGUAUUGGAGGUGUCUGUGCAAUACUGCCCAUCCUGCAUAAGUUGGUGAGUUCGGAUCAGGCAGCAGACAUCUCGAUUGGUAGCGUGAGCGAGGAAUCCUUGUCAUGCGCUCCGACGCCCUCGGCUGAGGAGUUCACCGACUGGGAAAUGCUGUCCUCGAACUCGUACACCGAGUGGAAGAUGCUGCAGCACCCGUUGGCCAGCUUUCUCUGCCUGCUGCGCUACCUCACUCACGAGCACGAGACGAACCAGGAGCAGCUGCUGAGUAGCGAAUGUCUGGCCAUUGUGGGCACAAUGCUCCAACGGUGUCCGCCGGCUCUGUUUGAUGUGAAUGCCUUGAUGGCCACUCAUCUCCUGAUGGAGUCACUGCAGGGACACAAAGCGGAGGCUGGUGGACAGCUCCUGGACGCAUUGUACUCUCACAUUGUCUUCGACUUUGCUAUCUGGUCGCGACUGCAGUUCCAAAUCACACUAGGACAUGCGCAGUACCUGAGUGCCAUGAUCAAGAAUGAUAGAAAGUUCUUUCGUAAGCGGUAUGGAGUGCAGUUCGUCCUGGACGUAGUGCGUCAGUACUACUCCACGCCGGACAGCAUCAGCGACGACGACGCCAAGACCAUUCGGGCUACACUUUUCGGCAUCAUUAAGUUCUAUCUACAAAAGGAAGUGAACAUCAAGGAGGUGAAUUCAAUGGUUGCGUUUCUGGCAUCGGUGCGGCAGGACGUGGUUCUAGUAGAGUUUCUGGAGAUGAUGACCUUUUAUAUACGCGGAAAGAACUGCAAGGAUCAGAUGGUGCUUCUCCUGCACGAACCACAGUCCGCCAAUCUUAUCUACAAUUUCUUUGUGGACAAAAGCUACAAUAAUGAGAUUCAAGAGGCGGCCAUAAGGUUUAUCAGUGGGCUAUUGGCCACAUCGCGGGUGCAUCAAAAGUAUAAGCAAGUGCUUCGUCUGUACGAUCAGGCUACCGAGCAGAGCAUGUUCCCUGGAUUCUUCUCCUUCAUCACUCCAUUAUCCCUAAGCUCUACGAUCCUAUUCCACUUGGUAGAUGAAAUGCUAGGCUUGCAACCGGACUAUGCAGGCCUUAUUUUUCUGGUCUAUCAUGUGAGCAGUUCUGAUCUUCCCGUUAAACUGGAGAUCGCCAAACGAUUGCUACAGACCACCUUCGUCAAGCAGCACUCCACAGUUGCCAUGGCCAAGCAAACGGGGUGGCAGGAGUCAAUAGCCCGUCUGCUUAUUCGCAAGCCUCUCACCAGUUCGCCACCAGACGAAGAGAAGCGACGCAGUUUCGGCAUCAACUUGGAUGUGCUGUUGGAGGAUAACUCAAGCUUCCUUGCUCAAGCAGAUCUUAUUACGUUCUCGGAGCAGGAGAUUGGCCUGGCUCAAUUGCAGCAGCAGCAACAGGAGGAGAUGAGCGACAGUGGCCUGAUUCUAAACGAAAUCCAGGCCAGUGUUUCUGAAGCAGCCACUGUCAUCGAGAGUGAAAUUAAAGAACUGGCGGAAUCCGUUUCCGGAGCCGUGGUUGAAAAUGCCAGCAGUUUGUUCUCCGUCAUUAGGCAGACCACCCAUGAUCUGCAGGACACCUUUGAGUCCCUUACGUUGGGCAGCUCCACUGACACCGCCGAUGGCUCCCAGACCCCUUCGAUUCAGCGUGAGGAAUCUCUAAGCUCUGACAGUUCCACACAGUCGCCGCACGGACCGCCUAAGAAAAGCGACUCCUUAGAGAGCACGUCUGCUUUUGACUUUGUCGCCGAUGGCGAUGUGGACACCGAGGAGCAGUUGGUUUAUCUAGUCUCAAAUACGCUCUUCAAUAUUUUCUGGCGCGGUAUUCCUAACGAUCAUCCGCAGUGCUGGCAAGAGCGUGGCCAAGUGCUGGGCUGCAUUAAUUUAUUGGCUUUGAACAAUGAGCUGAUCACUUCGCAUCUCUCGCUGCGCCUCCGGAUUCUUGAGAUGGCCGUGCAGGCCUCACUUUUCGAUCUUUCGGAGCACGGCAGUCAGACGCUAGUCAACCAGGAGAACGCCUCGCACAUUCUGCGCAUGGUUUAUGAGCUGGUGGUUCUAGGCUCCAAUGAGGACGAGUCAAAGAAGUGUUCCACCAAACUGCUGGACGGUGUUCUAGCCUUAUUGGACGCACUGAUGAUCUUCCAACAGGGAUCUGAUGAUUGGUCGGACAUGAUUCGAUUAUGCUUGGGACUAUUACUCAAGUGUUCGCAUCAUCCGAAUCCUGGAAUUGUGGCCAUGGCAACGGCGAAACUGCACGCUAUUCUUCAAAGUCGUUCUACUGAGGAUCCUGCAGAGCUCUCUUACCUUCUUUACAGCAUCAAUAGGGCUUUGGAUAAUGCCAUUGAAGUUGGCAAUCCGGAGGAGUAUUCAUUCUUGAUGCCAGUGAUGAAAGCCCUGCUGGAGAAAUGUCGUUUUGCCUUCAAUUUGGAUUCCACUCUCCCAGAUCUGCCUUCAACUUCGUCUGGUCCUGUCUUCUUCAAUGAUUUUCAAAUGUACAGCACCAGCAAAAAAUGGAGAAACUUUAUUGAACGCAUGGUGAAGCCGCUGUACGAUCGCUACCAGCGCGACAUUGAGCUGCAUCUGUGGGAGCCCAUCAAUCGCUUCUGGGCGGAGUGCUACGAGGCCUGCAAGGCGGCCUCCAAGAAAAGGGCCACCAAUCAGGCGGAGAACAGACGACUCUUCCAGCAGAAGAUCUACAUGCCGUGGAAGGUGCGCCAGGUGGAGGAGAUGCAGCGUCUGCAGGCGGCUGCACUGCACCACAAGACCGUCGACAGUCACAUACGGAAGCGGUGGAAGACCGCCAAGCGUUUCUUGUACGGCCCCCGCGGACCCUGGUAUACUGGGGACUUGGAGGAGGAGUUCUGGAAGCUAUCGCCACAUGAGAACGUGGCCCGGAUGCGGCUAAAGUUAGAGCCUCAAUUAUACCCAAAUAAACACGAGAAUGCUGCCAAUCUGCGCGACAAUGCAACCAGUGCUUAUGACACCAAGGAAAUCUCAGAGUUUGACUCCACCAUAAAGAAUGCUGUAGUGCGCGAUUUCCUGGCGGACGACGAGAGUUCCCAACUGGAGGAGGAGCUGCGCCAGCUAAUCGACACGCAGGCGCAACAGGAUGUGGCGCUGGAGAAACUAGUCAUGUCACAGGACUGUGAGCUGAUCACCCUGAUGACCAAGGUGAAGGGACGCAUCGAGGUCAACCAGACCGUAUUCACCUUUGUCGAUUUGAGCCCGCCAACGGACGAUGGAUCCAAACACGACUUCAGAUUCUCCACCAACAAGAUACGCGAAGUGCAUCUAAGGAAGUACAACCUGCGCAGGAGUGCUCUGGAAAUCUUUCUGGUGGAUCAGACCAGCUAUUUCCUUAACUUCACAACAAAAACACGUAACAAAGUAUUUACCAAAAUCGUGGGUCUGCCUCUUCCAAAUAUCCUUUAUGGCUCGGGAAGAUCUCCAGCUGAGCUGCUGAGAGCCUCGGGCCUUACACAGAGAUGGAUCAAUCGCGAGAUCUCCAAUUUCGAAUACUUGAUGUACCUAAACACCAUCGCAGGUCGAUCCUAUAACGAUUUAAGCCAGUACCCCGUCUUCCCCUGGAUCCUUGCUGACUAUACCAGCGACGUGUUGGAUCUGACAGAUCCCAAAUCCUUCCGUGACCUAUCCAAACCCAUUGGAUGCAUAAACCCCAAAAACGAGGCCGAGGUGCGAGGCAAAUACGACUCAUUUGAAGAUCCGUCUGGUGCCAUACCCAAGUUUCACUAUGGAACCCACUACUCAAACUCGGCGGGCGUGCUUCACUACUUGCUCCGCGUGGAACCUUUUACCUCACUGCACAUUGAGCUGCAAAGCGGUCGCUUCGAUGUGGCCGAUCGACAAUUCCACUCUAUACCUCAGACUUGGAAGCUGCUAAUGGACAAUCCCAACGAUGUAAAGGAGCUGAUACCCGAGUUCUUUUACUUCCCAGAGUUCCUCAAAAAUAUGAACAAAUUUGACUUGGGCCACCUGCAAAUAACCAAAGAAAAGGUGGAUGAUGUCAUACUGCCCGCCUGGGCUAACACUCCUGAGGAGUUCAUAGCCAUACACCGGCGGGCUUUGGAGUCAGAGUAUGUGAGCCAGCACCUGCACCACUGGAUCGACCUGAUCUUUGGCUACAAGCAAAAGGGACCCAAGGCCGCCGAGGCUUUAAACGUCUUUUACUAUUGCUCUUAUGAGGGCGCCGUAGAUCUGGACAAGAUCACCAAUCCUGUGGAACGGGAGGCGGUUGAAGGAAUGAUCAACAACUUUGGCCAGGUGCCUUCGCAGUUGCUUCGGGAGCCACAUCCACGACGUCUCACGCAGGAUGAAACAUCUAUGAAGCUUGUACGUGCCGAGCUGCGAAGGCCGGAUCUUACCCAGUUCCUCGACAAGGUAGUGCAAUACGAUUGCGAGCUGUCUACGCCCAAGGAUCCCAUCGUGUACCUGAGUCCGCCUCGCAGUCCUCCACGCUCCUUCCUCCAGCUAAGUCCCGAUGUUCUAGUCAGCGUAUCGAAGUCUACCAUCCUGGGUUGCAAUUCAUGGCUAUCGUUUGAUAAGGAGCAUGGAUUCCUGCUGGAAAUCGAUGCCACAACAGCUAAUCUAAAGAACCGUAAGCGGGUCUUUGGACCAUUCCACUCCUCCCAGCCGCCGCACUCACAACUUUUUGCCGUAAGCACGGAUGGCAAGCUCCUGUAUGCCGGUGGAAUCUGGGAUAAUUCUUUAAGAGUAUACAAUCUGAACAAAGGAAAGGCGGUGGCUUCGGUGACACGUCACCUGGACAUCAUCACCUGCAUAGCGCUAGACAAUUGUGGCUCGUACUUAGUCACUGGAUCCCGUGACUGCACCUGUAUUGUGUGGAGCAUCCAGGCGAAUCAACAGGGUGGCGGUGGAUCCACCAGCAACAUUCCAGUUCACGCCCUGACGGGUCAGUCGCACCUGCAGGCGAUUACCCAGCUGAAUACACAGAACAACUACUCACCCAAGCCCCUGACAGUGCUCUAUGGCCACGAUGAUGCCAUCUCCAGUGUGGCAAUCUACACGGAGCUGGAUCUGGUGGUCUCUGGAUCGCUGGAUGGUACUGUCAAUGUGUAUACACUGCAGGAGGGUCAAUUUGUGAGGACACUCAAGCCCAUUGGAUGCACCGAGUCAUGUGUGCAAAUCUCUUUUGUGACCCUUUCUUAUCAUGGUCACAUCGCCUUCAGUGCUCUGGACGACACCUCGCACUCGGUGCAUGUCUACAGCAUCAAUGGCUGCAGUCUGGGCUCCAAGUAUGUUUCUGGCAGGGUCACCGGAUUGGCCAGUGCCUCCGACUAUCUCGUGGUGGCCGAUGAUGCCGGCGACAUCACCAUGAGCAGACUACACGGUUUAAAGCCCGUUUUCGACAUUCCGCUGCACGUGCCCAUCCAGACGGUGGUGGUGACGCCGGGCAACACCCACAUCCUGGCGCCUCUCCGGGAUGGACGACUGGCGGUGAUCGCCGUGCAACUGCCCUCCAGUGGCAACAAAAAGCAUUCCGUGCUCAAUGUUUAAAAAAAAAACAGCAGGAGCUUAGCUGGACAUUGGACUUCCUGAAUUCCCGAAUUUUACUCUCUGCCUAGCAUAAGUGUCCCUCUAUUUUUGUCUAGUGCUUGUAGCACACUCUAGAUUAAGUUUAUGUGUCUUGUGAUUUGUCAUGAUUUAUUUUUUGUCGUUUCCCAUACUACGUGACGUGCCAAAAGCAAAGCCUUUGACCAACAAAUAAUUCCCAAGAAAGUUGACAAAUGUGUCUAAAGAUAUUCAGCAAGUCGAUCGAUUGCAUUCGCGGAAUUUCCAUGGCAACUAAGCAGUAUUUCCCUGUCGAACGUGCGUGUACACCUGUCCGAGUCGGAAAUCCUUCAUCCCGGGCUGCAAAAAUGAUCGAUGGCACACUCUUCUUCAAUUGACGAAAAUCUGAAUAAAUCAUCAAUCAUGCGCCGCGGUGUGAGGAGAUAUCUCUCGGCAGGCAAAACGGGACGGAGAUGAAGACGAAAACGGAGCGUGGCGGUGGAAACUGGUUGUCGACGCACUUGGCAACUACUACUCACUGACUCACGAGCGACUUUCAAAUUGGCCCAAAGUAAUAAAAAAAGAACCGAAAAAAAAGCACCCGGCAACAGCGGCAAGACGCCUAAGAAACCGCAACCGACCGCACAGAUCGACGGCAUCCAGCUGCUCGGGUGCUUAAGAAAAAUCACUUUCGUUGCGCCCCCUUUUUUCGCCUGCAGACACAACCAAAAAUAGAGCCCAUAGAUCUUUGUCCCAUUAAGUACGCACACUCGGAUCACAUGGGAUCCAAUAAUUAACAGAGCAUUUCCAAUUGAAAGUAUUAUCACCGCACGAUUAGAGUCCGUCCAUUUAGAUCCACACACAGACAAUACCAGUGCCAGCACAAAAGAUACCGAAUUGAAUCUGAUUCUUUCUAUUUUAAUUACCAUUCCCCAAUCUUCUGUCUUUGAUCUUGCUCGUCAGCGAAUGUGAAAACCCCCCGCAGACUAUAGAAUCUGAAAUUCCAAAGACAAGCGACAAUAUCAAAGGUGAAUAGAAUAUAUAUUUUACGAAUUGUAAUCGCAUAUAUACAUAGUAGAGAACUUCCGCACAAUCGGGCCGUGAGAUUAGCCCCCCGCUUUGAAGCUUUGGGCAGCUGCAACAGAAAAAUCUAUCAAUAUCUUACUCCAGCAAUAUAGUAUAUCAUCUCUGUACGUAAAGGUCCUCCGGGAUCGAGUUCGUUAAUUGUUGUUAAGAUCGUAUCGCGUAUUAUCGUAAAAAAUGUUUUCCCCGUUUAAUGUACGUAACUGUACGAGUUUAUGUAGAUAUUGUGACUAUCCGUAGUUUGUAGAUCUGUCAAUAAAGUGAUGCAAACCGCACAGUAAAUGUAA